UUUUUUUUCAUUCAUCAAGGUUUUUAAUUUUCGAAACUCUAACACUUCUCUUUGUCUACUAGGUUGUAGUUUUUUUUUACAUCAUUAUUUAUUUCUCGACUCGAGCAAAGGAAAAAAAACAUUUGUCUGCUCGUCUCUACAUCUAUUUAUUUGGAUUGUACACAUUGUCAAUAAUAUCAACGCGAACUCGAUAAGUACGUUAUAAAUAGUAAGUGAGUGAGUAAUUCAGUAGUAUGUGAUAAAACGACGUAACUUAAUUUAACGUUCUUCUUUUUUUUUCUUCUGUUGUAAUUGUACAUUUUCUCUUUUUUUGGCAUUAAUAAUAAAACUAGCUCUCUGCACAAUAUAUAUAUAUAUAUAUAUAUAUGUCGUCGUUUUUUACAGUUAAAUUCAAGGCUAUAUUCUAAUUCUAUUAUGAAAAAGGUAAAAGACAGAAAUUAUCUUCAUUUUAUUUUCUCUUCCAAAGAACAUAAAUGGCGACAACUUGAAAAAAACUUACUUUUUUUUUUGAAUAAAAUGAAGAAAAGAAAGAAAAAAAAUUGAUGGGAAUGUGACCUUGAUUUAAACAAAAAAAAAAAGAAGCAUGUUCUCUCGCUUUCCACUUCUUUACCAGUUUUUGAUCAUAAUUAAAAUUAUGAUAAAACAAUCAUCAUUUCCCGUGUAGUUAAAUAAUAUCAUUCGAAUGACUCAUCCAACAGUUAAAGACGAAGAAUUUAAAUUGAAAAAAAAAUUGUAUAAGAUCGAGAUUGCAAGGUUAUUGUUUAAAUAAACAAGUUUUUAUUAUUUUAGAACUGAGAAAGAAUAGAACGAGUGUAUGUGUGUAUCGAAGGAUACAUAUACACACCGCGUAGACAAUGUUCAUAAUAUAUAACGAGGGUAUAUUUCAAAAAGAAAAUGCUAACAACUCAAUUAUGUCAAGCGGAAAAAAAAGAGGAAAAAAAUCUUUUCCUCUUUUUUUUUUUCCUCUAAAACUCGUCGGUAAUUUGAAUAUUUUGUUUGAGAUAUAGAGACUCUUGUUUAGCAUAUAAAUUGUAUAUAUUUUUUUCUGUUAGCAGUAAGCAUAAAUUUUAUUUUUUUGUCUUUCUCUUUGAUUUUUUUUUCGUAUAUUGAUGACAUAUUUAAACCAUGAGCAAGCGACAAUGCCUGUCAUAUAAAAAUAACAAAAAUGUUUUUCGGAGAAGGAAAUAAAGUGACGUUACAUAGAAAAAAUACGCAUUAAUUAUCAAAAUGUGAUGUGUGCACGUGUUGUUGUUUCUAGUUUUUUGCAGAUAAACACCUUUUUCUGUAGAAUUUGUUUUAACUAGAGGAAUAGCAAAAAAAAAAAUUUACUGACGACUCUUCUUUAUCCUUGCAACUGUUUCCAUUGAGAAGCCCAUUAAACUUUUCAAGAAAAAAAAGAGAACAAGAUUCUCUAUCUUUUUUUCUUUAGACGCAACAUUUUCAUAAACGCUUGUUAAGAGGAACCACUUGAUAGUUUAUUUCUUUUUCUACUUUUAGUAUAAAAUCAUUAAAUCAUAUUAAUAUGGUCACAUCAAAUUUAAAUGAUCGACGACAGCAAUCACUGUCACCAAUUAUUAAUGACAAAGGAGAAGAUAAUGACGUACGAAUACUUCACAGAUUUUUAGAUCGUCUAUAUCUUGGUGCAGGUAACGAUCAUCCUCAACGUGUCUCCUCUCCGAUAUCUUCAUCAAUUAUUACAGACAUGACCACGAUACCUGUAUAUCGUAAUGGUAGAAAGUUUUAUGUAACUGCUGAAGAAUAUGAACGUAUGAAAGCACAUGAACGAAAACAACGACGUACUGCAUUACAAAAAUCGAAUAAUUUACCAGUACAAAAAUCUUAUAGUUCAAAUCAUACACGCUCAAGAGUGGGAGGAGGAGUUGAUCAUCAUCAUCCCAUAAUUGGCGUUCAACGAGCUACAUCUCACGCGAUUAAUGGAACAAUGGAUCAAACCUUCGGAUUUUCAACUAAUAACCAUAAUUCAGCGACAAUUCUAACUCCAAUUACGAUGAGAAAAACGGUGGCAUCUUCUACACAAUUAACAUCGCCUCAUUUAACAAGACAAUCUCGAUCAACAUCGAGAAGUGAUGAACAAAGAUCAUACUCCCCUGCAAACGUACGAUCACAUUCUUCUGAUAAAAUAUCAGUAAAUCGUGCUCAUAUAUCAUCUCCAUUACGAACAUCGUUCGAUGAUGAUCCAAAGACAAUUGUUACAAGAACAUUUUCGCCAGUACCCGUCAUACAUACUCAUAAUCGCUCGAACACGUCCGAUUCACAUCGAAUGACAUUGAAUAAUAAUACUAAUAAUAACAGAUUAGUAAAUUAUAUUCCACACGAUUUUAAUCAACAUUCUCAUAACUUUGAUAAUAAUCAAUAUCAAGAAAAUAUUGAUCCACAACGUAAUGAUAGUUUAAAACGAUCAAUGUCAGCUGAGUUAGUGAUUCCAUCUACUAAUCAAUAUGGUAUUUCAUCAAUUAAUACGCUUUCCAUGACGCCAUUAGAUAAACAAUCGAUAAUUACCGAUCAAGUUUUUAUCCCUACAAAUUCAAAAUUAUCAAAUAAAAAUCAAACUCCAAAAAGUUUUGUUGGUAGUAGUUUUGAUACAGAAUCAAAAUUUGACCAAAAACAACCUGUGGUAUCUAAAAGUUCUAAUAUUGGUUCGAUGUAUCAGACGGGUGUUCGUGAAGCCGAUCAUCUGUACAGUAUGCUAGGUCCACUUAGACGAUCUAAUGAUGCAACAUCACCUGAUCGUAAUUUUAAUACAAACAACCGAGAUAUAACCGGAUUAUUAAACGAUCGUUUCAUAUCUUAUUCAGAUGAUAACUCAUCUAUUAUUAAACGAGAUGAUGAUAAUAACAUACAGAAAACAUUUUUGUCCAACGGAGAUGGAAGACAUUUAAGUCGUGAACGACGUACUCAGCCACGUUCAACAGUAAGAAGUCAUUCAAGUGAUGGUCUAACUAAAAAAAAGCGUGUACGAUUUGCCGAUAUGGUUGGAUUAAAUCUAGAGACGGUUGAUCGUGUUUCACGUCGAAGUAGUGGAGCGAGUAGUGAUGGUGAACAACAAUCAUAUCAAGCUAAUUUUAAACAACAACAACAACUGCAACAACAUUACACACGUUUACUAUCAAGAAGACCACCUGUAGUUGUUAACGACAGAACAAAAGUAUUACAAUUUCAACGUCCAACAAUAACAAACGAUAAUUUUCAAACAUACAAAAUAUCAAAAAAUAAUGCCGGUUCAUUGGUGACCGAUGUUUAA